CAACAAUCGAAGAACACACCUUCUCUCAGAUACUUCUUCCCUUCUUGCCCUGAAUCUUUCCUGGCUUCAUCCAUAGGAUCUUCUCAUCUACCGGUCGGUCUAAGCUUCCUGAAACACCGCCAGAAUGUUCAUUGCUCGAUCAGAGUACGAUCGAGGGAUCAACACCUUCUCCCCCGAAGGUCGUCUCUUCCAGGUCGAAUAUUCACUAGAAGCAAUCAAACUUGGUUCAACAGCCAUUGGCGUUGCGACUUCACAUGGCGUCCUCCUCGGUGUCGAGAAACGCGUCACCUCUCCUCUACUCGUUUCCUCGAGCAUUGAAAAGAUCGUCGAGAUCGACAGACACAUUGGAUGCGCCAUGUCUGGUCUACAAGCAGAUGCCCGAAGUAUGAUCGAGCACGCACGAAUCGAGUCACAAAACCACCAAUUCAACUACAACGAGAAAUUGGGAGUGGAAAGCUGCACGCAGGCCAUUUGCGAUUUGGCCCUGAGAUUCGGUGAGGGAGCGCAGGGAGAAGAGUCAAUAAUGAGUCGGCCAUUCGGUGUUGCAUUACUGAUUGCUGGCUGGGAUGAAGACAAUGGACCACAAUUGUACCACGCCGAGCCAUCAGGAACGUUCUACCGAUACGAUGCAAAAGCCAUUGGCUCUGGUAGCGAAGGAGCUCAAGCUGAAUUACAAUCCGAGUACCACCGAUCAUUAACGCUAGAAGAAGCAGAGACGUUGGUUCUGAAGACACUGAAGCAGGUCAUGGAGGAAAAGCUGGAUUCAAAGAAUGUCCAACUAGCCAGCGUCACUCGAGAAGGUGGAUUCAGAAUCUACAGCGACGAAGACAUGAGCACUGUGGUUGCAAGAUUGGAGGGUGAUUAGGGGCUUCUAGACAUACGCCAUACACCGCAAGGUUGCACAUCAGGGUUACGAGCAUCGUCUGGAGUUGGGGCGGCAACGGGCAACCGGGUCUGGGCCAACACUCAGAAUCCUCAAGGUCAAAAUGAAUGGAUUUGCCAAAUAUUGCUCGACGUCUUGUGAUGCCGCGGCCGCGCAGAUGCUGCUAAUGUCCUACAGACCUCCGCUACCAAAUGUUGGUUCCCGCCGCACUAGCGCCCUGAACCUGGCUUUGUGGCUAUACCGUGCCUCCCCAGCAUCCAGAUCACUCCCAGGUCUAUUCCGUUGGUCGCUCAGCUUGUGGAGUUAUCCGCGCAAUAUGUCGACGCUGGCCGUCCGACCAAUCAAUGAGGGCUGAAUGAGCUGUUUUGAGGUCAGCCAGAUCCCAUGGAGCUCUUCUACUCUUCUACUCGACUCACCUGUUACCCGAUUGUCCCAAACAACAACAGUGCCAGGCUUCCAUUUCACCCUAGCCUGAAGGUCUUGACUGAGGGCUAUAUGGUCAUAGAGGAACUUGAGGAGGUAGUCGCUUUCCUCUUGUUUGAACCCGACGAUAUACCGUGUGAACUGUGGGUUGACAUAUAAUGCCUUCUCACCGGUCGCCGGAUGAGUCCUCACCACAGGAUGAAUAGACCUGCAGGACGUCAGUGACUCCGAAGACAGUCACGAUCAGACACAGGUGCAGGCUUACGAAACAGGGUCUCUUCUGACAAUACUGCCCCUAUUUAGAGCGCUCGUGGCUUGUUCGUAGCCCGAAUGAACAGCUUGCAAGCCAGCGAGGCGUUCACGGAACGCAGGUGAUAGCCUCUCAUACGCUUUUGCCUGGUUGACAAACAAGGUAUCGCCUCCAGCGCCGGGGACAUCGAGGGCGUACAAAAAGGUAGUUCCUGGACAAGAGUCAGCGGGUCUCGAGUGGGCUUUUGGAUGGUCUCGAGCCUUACCUGGAGGUUGAUUCUCAUACGUGACGUCGCUGUGCCAGGCGAUGGAGUUUGUCCGGUUAUUCAGGAACUCGAGGAAAGACUUGUCAUCAGCACCACGGUGGACGAGAUGGACCUCAGGAUACCCUUUCGGCGCUCCACUAUACUGGGUCAGUGGGAUCAUUGGCGUGAAGUUGAGGUUAGGCUUGCUUACCUGGCCGGGUGAAUGUGCAGUCGGCCAAAAUAGCGGCCAAACUCAAGAGCUUUUUCAAUGGGAAGAGAUGCAAAGUCUUGAUCUCUGAAAGCGACGACCUUCUUCUGCGCCACCAAAAGCGCCAGUUCGUCCUUGCCCUUGUCGUUCAGUUGAGAAAGCUGCACGCCGGUGACCUCGGCUCCAAUAGAGGCGGUGAUGUCUUCAAGAUGGCUUCCCUCCUUUAGCAGGUUGGGAAAGGAUGGGUCAGCGUCUUUGCCGUGCUCGUAGUGCUCAAAUGGUUCCAAAGGAGCAUAUCUAGACAAGCGAAGGUCCUGGUCAGUGACGAAGUCCUACUUGACCGCAAAAUCACGUGGAUUUGUCCCGAAGCUCAACUUCGCCG